UCCUACAGGUACAAGCUCCGGCACUGCGCACGGCCCCCCUCAACCACCGGCCCCAACGCCCCCAACGACCUCACUCUCAUCGCCCUCCCCUGCUCCCUCCUCUCCCGUCGGCGCGGACGCUGCUGCGAGCUGGAUCUCGCGGCGCGGGGGAUGGCGCCGUCCUCGUCCUCGUCCUCGGCGGGCUCGCACGCGGGCCUCGCCAUCGCGGCCACGGCCAUGGCGCUCUCCGGCACGCUCGUCCUAUUCUCCCUCUGCCGCGCCAAGCAGCCGCAGCUGGUCCCCUCCUCCGACGCCGACGCCGCAGGCACUCCGUCUCCUCGCCUCCGGCCGUGCCUCUCCUCGUCCGAGAAGCGGAAGAAGCGGAAGGAGGCGCGGCGCGGGGGCAAGAAGCGGGUGCGCUUCGCGGACGACGUCGUCGACACUAAUGGCGCCGCCCCCGCGUCCUCCGCCCCCCGCGCGCCGCGGGAGGCCGAGCCGUCGUGCGCCGCCGCGGCCAUGCCGGCGAACCGGGAGGCGCUCUACCGCGGCAUGCUCCGCGGCCGCUCCAUGCUCAGGGUCGCCUGCUCCUACUAGCGCCGCCGCCCCCGACCAACCAAGAGCCUAGUUAACCGCUCCAUUAAUCUAGACCUCUCCCUCGCUUCUCCUGUGUGCGUCGUGGACUGAUUGCUCCCGAUUGAUCGCUCCCUCGCCAUUGUUGGGAAGUUUUGUAAUUAGUGGCCGUCCCCUACGCCGCGAGGGAGCUAAUGAUCCGCGUGUGUGUGCGCUGUUGUACUCGCUACUUCCUUGUACAUUACUGUACUACUCUGCAUUCCGAGUGAUCAGUGAACGAUUCUUCGCUGCUCCAAGCUCAAA